UGCGUUCUGUAAAGCACGGUCGCAAAAAGUCUGUACGCUAUCGUUACAACAUUUCUUCAGCGAAGAGGCAGAAUAAAAAAUUAAAGAAGCUACGUAAAUUUAAAGGAUGCCAAUUGAAAAUGCAUGGCAAAAGCAAAUGACAACCCGUCAGAAUUUGGCUUCUAUGGGGCUCGCUUAUGAUCCUAAUGAGGUAGCACAACGAAUGUACUGCUUGAGCUUGAACAAAUUGCAAUUGAUGAGACAACCGAAUCUGACAAACAGAAAAAACGACAAAGGCAAAAAGCUACUCUACAUCCGAACGAUACUGACGUUUGCAAAAAGCUGUUAUCCAAACACGGGGAGAAUUACGAGGCAAUGGCUCGCGAUUCUUUGAACAUUUGGCAGGAUACGCCUCGACAACUUGAACGCAAAAUUGGUAUUUAUAAGAAAAAUUUGAAUGAUGAA